AGGAGAAACGCGGGCAGUUGUGUGACGUAAGAAGAGGGAAAAUCAAAACAGAGCUCACGAAGUGUCUUUUAAACACUGUUCAGAGGUUAAUUCGCGGGGUUUCUGUAAGCUAAACGGUGCAUCUUAAGUUGAAAACAUUUCUUUAAACAAGGAGAAAGAAAUAUAGCCUACAUUUCUAUAAGAACUCUCAGCAGGAUGCAGAGAGCUUCCCGUUUAAAGCGUGAACUUCAGAUGCUAAGCACCGAGCCUCCUCCAGGGAUAACAUGCUGGCAGACCGAGGAACGGAUAGAUGAACUAUGUGCACAGAUUGUUGGUGGAGCAGACACUCCAUAUGAAGGUGGGCUCUUUUCUUUGGAGAUAAAGGUCCCAGAGAGGUACCCAUUUGAGCCUCCCAAAAUCCGAUUUUUGACUCCAAUCUACCAUCCAAACAUUGACAAUUCUGGACGAAUCUGUCAUGAUGCUCUCAAACUUCCUCCAAAGGGUGCCUGGAAGCCAUCCCUCAACAUUUCCACUGUCCUCACCUCUAUUCAGCUCCUCAUGGCUGAGCCCAAUCCAGACGAUCCACUCAUGGCUGAUAUUUCAUCAGAAUUCAAAUACAACAAGCAGCUGUUCACGGAGAAAGCUAAGAAGUGGACACAAGAACAUGCAGUUCAGAAGAAUACGGGGGUCAUGGAGGGCAACAAAGAAAAUAAUCCAGAUCAAAAAGCCUUAUCCCGCAAAAGAGAGGCACAACAGGAAGUGGAGGCAUCAGCAAAGAAAACCUGUGUUUAGUUUGUUCCUCACCUGUUUGAGCCUUGUGCCCAUCCUAACGCCUAUUGGCCUGUAAAGAAUAUGACUUUGAUUCUUAUUUUCCUCUUAUUUGUAACAUUUACUGUGUGUGUAAUUGUAGUCCUUAAACCAAAAUUGUGAUACACAUUUUAUGCACUUUCUGUGUGGUUAUGUUUUGUUAAUAAAGUUAAUCUUCUGUGCUCUUA